CACAAAACAAAGAGAGAGAGAGGGGCCAGCCAGAGUCAGACUGAGACAUAAAAAAGUUUCCGUUGUGCUGCAAAGAGAACCUGGGGUCUAUAUCUGAGACACCAUUUGUAUGUUGUAGAUGAAAUCAGAGAGAGUUACGCCACACGGGGGGAGAGAUAGUGCCUGGGCACAAGAGCGUAAAAUGUUGAGUAAGAAGGGGAGGAGAGAACAGGGGAGGAGAGGGGUUGAGAUUGUUUAGGAAGGGUGAGUGGUUAUUUGUCUGUCUUGUUCUGCCCUCCCUUGCUCUCUCUCUUUCAGGGUUUUCUCUUUACACUUUCUCUUUACAAACUGAACGGGAAACAGACUGUUUAAAAAAUAUUGGCUACUUCUGGAGAACUGACCAAAGAAAUUGAUGAUUUAUGAAUUGAGGACUUUAUGAAUGCAGGCUUGAAAAACCACCAUUUUUUUAAAGAUUGUUUGUAAACAGUUUUGAGAGAUUAUUUGUUUGCACUUUUCUGGACAAGACAUUUCACCUCCAUUCUUUCUAAACCACAGCAGUUGUCUCCAUUCCUGUUGGACUAUGGUAUAUUCUGGCGCUCUGCCCCUAUCUGGAUWACCUGAUUUCAUUGGAUUAUUCUUUGGAUACUGAGGAACACUGGUGAAGAUAUAUUGGAUAAAGUGUGCUCUUUUCAACUCAAGCUGUCAACCAUAAAGAUACAAUGACAACAUUUACUAAGCCGUCCAUGCCAGACAUGACAGACAUCUAGARCACUCCCUCAUUCAACUGUCARAGAUAGGGCUGCCAGACAGAAACCGUCAGGCUGCACUGAACAGAUCCCCCUCGGACUAACACACCACAACCAGGAAUCCCUCCUCAGGACAAUGGCCACGGGAGGGAACGGGCUAGGAUCUGACCGGAGCCUGAAAUCCACCUCCCAGCCGCCCAGUGCCUCUGACCGGCGGCAGGUGGACAAGGCCCUGAAGAGGUUGGAGAAGCUGCAUCGGCUAUGUACCAACCCCAGGCUGGGCCUGAGGAACAGCCCCCCAUACCUCCCCGAGGUGGUCUCAGAGACAGCCACGCUGCUCACCCAGGUGUGGGAGCCGUACAGGGGGCCUGCAGCUGGGGUGCAGGCCCCCCGGGGCGAUGAGGGGGAGUACCUGAGGAUCCAUGCAAGACACCUGCUAGAUAAGACUAACCGGGCCGUGCUGCUGUUUAAAGAGGGGCGCGAUAAGAUGUUCGAGGAGAUGUCCAGCUACAGGAGAAACUUGACCAAGCUGUCCCUGCUCUUCAGUCACAUGCUCUGGGAGCUGAGGGCCAUGUUUCCCGAGGGGCGCUUUCAAGGCCACACCUACAGGCUGACUAAGACAGAGGCCGGAGAGUUCUGGAGGCGAGCAUUUGGAAACAAGUGUAUUGUGCAGUGGAGCAGUUUUAAGCAGCAUCUCCGUAGGGUCCAUGGCUUUGAAGAGGGGAUGGAGUCCAUGGCUCUAAAGUCAACUGUAGAUCUCACCUGUAACGACCACAUCUCAGUGUUUGAGUUUGACAUCUUCACCAGGCUAUUCCAGCCAUGGACGUCUCUUCUGAGGAACUGGAACCAGUUGGCAGUGACCCAUCCUGGCUACAUGGCCUUCCUCACCUACGACCAGGUCAAAGCCCGCCUCCAAAACUACCUGCACCGGCCCGGGAGCUAUAUCUUCCGUCUGAGCUGCACUCAGAUGGGCCAGUGGGCCAUUGGUCAUGUGACAGGUGAUGGCGGGAUCGUACAGACGAUCCCCCAGAAUACACCUCUCUACCAGGCCCUCAUCCAGGGCUUCAGGGAGGGCUGGUAAGUAAACACGCUCAUGGACACACCGCAGGAGGUUGGUGGAACGUUAAUUGAGGAGGACAGGCUCGUGGUAAUGACUGGAGUGGAAUCAGUGGAAUGGUAU